UCAAGAUGAGCGGGGACGUAGCCGAUUCCGCAGAUGGUCACGGCGCCCUCAGCCAGGUGGACACAGGAAAUGAUCGAAACAGCCUAGAUUUCAACAGGCAGGACCUGACGUCCCUCCAUCCCCUCCAGCAGCUCGUGCUGGUUCCCGGCCACUUGCAGUCCGUCUCGCAGUUCCUGCUCUCUCAGAGUCAGCCGGGGCAGCAAGGUCUGCAGCCCAAUCUUCUCCCCUUCCCACAGCAGCAAAGCCCCCUGCUCCUCCCACAGCCUGGACCCGGCCUGGCAUCCCAGGCCGUCGGGCGCCCGGGGCUGCCGGGACCCUCCUUAGACCCCCACCUGGAAGUGCCCCAGCAUCUCCCGGUGCCUAAGCAUCUGCCUGGUUCUGGGGGCGCUGAUGAGCCCAGCGACCUGGAGGAGCUGGAGAAGUUUGCCAAGACCUUCAAGCAGAGGCGCAUCAAGCUGGGCUUCACACAGGGGGACGUGGGGCUGGCGAUGGGGAAGCUGUACGGCAACGACUUCAGCCAGACCACCAUCUCACGGUUCGAGGCACUCAAUCUGAGCUUCAAGAACAUGUGCAAGCUCAAGCCGCUGCUGGAGAAGUGGCUGAGCGAUGCCGAGUCCUCCCCGGCGGACCCCGCGGUGAGCACCCCCAGCGCCUACCCCACCCUCACCGAAGUGUUCGGGAGGAAGAGGAAGAAACGCACCAGCAUUGAGACCAACAUCCGCCUGACCCUGGAGAAGAGAUUCCAGGAUAAUCCCAAGCCAAGCUCAGAGGAGAUCUCCAUGAUUGCAGAGCAGCUGUCCAUGGAGAAGGAGGUGGUGAGGGUCUGGUUCUGCAACCGACGCCAAAAGGAGAAGCGGAUCAACUGUCCUGUGGCCACACCCAUCAAGUCACCCGUCUACACGUCCCGUCUGGUCUCUCCCUCCGGGUCUCUGGGCCCCCUCGCCAUCCCUCCCGUCCACAGCACCGUGCCUGGAACAGUGACCUCGUCCUGUUCCCCUGGGAGCAGCAGCAGGCCCUCCUCGCCCAGCGCAGGCCUCCCCACUUCUUCUCAACACAACGCCAAGGCAGCGGCCAACUCCUCCAGCCUUGGCGCUUCAGGGCCCUGGUACCGAUGGAAUCACCCCACCUACCUGCACUGAGCCGCGGGCAGCGCCUCCGCCCCACAGACGCUCCCAAGCGAGCGGAGGGCACCACCACGAGCCUGAGCUCGCCUUCUCCGGACAAGGCCUCGGAGGCCUAAACCGCGAUUGGCUCACGUGGGGCCCCCAUGCCCUGGAAACACGUCCAUCCGGAGCUGGCCUUACUGCCUGGCCCGUCGCUAGUUCUGUUUCAGUCAGCGUCGUUGCCCAGGCCUUUCCGAGAAAGGACAUCUUGCCUUUGCUCUCUGCCUCUUCCGGGGACAGCACGCUGGGUGCCAGCCAGCAGGGUUCCAGCUCCGGGGACAGCCACGCUGGGUGCCAGCAGGUUUCCAGGUCCUGUGACUGCCAUGCUGGGUGCCAGCAGGGUUCCAGCUCCUGAGACAGCCAUGCUGGGUACCAGCAGGGUUCCAGCUCCUGGGACAGCCACGCUGGGUGCCAGCAGGGUUCCAGCUCCUGAGACAGCCAUGCUGGGUACCAGCAGGGUGCCAGCUCUGGGGACAGCCACGCUGGGUACCAGCAGGGUUCCAGCUCCUGGGACAGCCAUGCUGGGUACCAGCAGGGUUCCAGCUCCUGAGACAGCCACGCUGGGUGCCAGCCAGCAGGGUGCCAGCUCUGGGGACAGCCACGCUGGGUGCCAGCCAGCAGGGUGCCUGCUCUGAGCUCCUUCUGAAACCCGGGAGGAGCUGUGAAUCUGCCGCCUCCGGCAAAGCCUCACUGUUUCCUCUGCUCAGCAGCUUUUUCUGACUGAAUCUUCUUUCACCCGUGGCCCUGCCCCGUUGCAUAGGACCAAACCCACUCAUGCUUUCGUUCUCGAAGUUCCCUCCUCUUUAGAGAAGGACAAGUCCCUCCGUCUGGGCGUUUCUCUGCCCCCCGCCCCCCAGGCUCCCUGCCAGCUACACCUGUCACCAAGCCAGAAGCUUGUCCCUCUCACCUGCCCUCAGCUCAGCCUCCCUCCGUCUCCCGGCUGCAGAAGGAAGAACAAUGAUGCUAUCAAAAUGCCUGUAUAGAGCCCUUUCCUGUUUUUUUUUCAUUAUGUUCUUCUCUCC